AUGGGCUCCAGUGCGAAGAAAAAGAAAGAGAAAAAGAAAGACUUUCAGAAACAGAAAUUGAAGGUCGGCAAGGCCAGGCCAAAGGCUGAGAACCAUACCGACACCAGCUUCCGGUCAAAAGCCAUCACAUUAAGCCAGCAGCUCGAUAUCAAUGCGCCAUCCCAGACCUCGGUUUUCGUUCAUCAAGUCUCACUUCUCAAUUCUCGGUCUGAUACCUCGCGGAAGGACGCUCUCGGUUAUUUGAGCACUUAUGUCGCCGCACUCACGCCCGGAAGGAACUUGCCAGUCACCACCAGCUCCUUCCUCAACAGCCUUUGUCCUCUGAUACUCGACGGCUCCGCAGGAGUUCGCAAUCAACUACUCAGGCUGUUCCAGACACUUCCACCGGAGGAGAUUCGAGACAAUGUCGCCAAAAUCCUGCCCUAUAUGCGUGCUGGAAUGACUCACCUGUCUCGAGAAAUCCGGCUUACAGCGAUAGACUUCUUAUCCCAUCUCAUCCAAGUUGCGGGUGCCGAGCUGGUGUCUUGCGCUGGGGGAUGGUAUCAGACAUUGGAAUGCUUUACGACAGUCCUGGGCUGGAGAUCAACAGAUUCCAGCAAGUGGGCAGCUAACAAGGCUUCCUUUGCAGGAGAUGUCAAAUCCACUGCGCGCAUAAUGCAAGUCCUUGCAGAAUUUGUGGAAGCCGGCCUAGCCCCCACUGAUCUCUCGACAAGAGUGAAUACUCUGGCCCAGGACUUUCCCCUUUGGCAGACCGAUGCUUUUGCAAUCCCAACCAAGUCAAAUGCUUACGCCUACCUGAACCUUUUCGGGACCCCACAGGACGAUGAAAAGCAGAUGCUGGACGACCGAGAAGACAGGCUUCGAGUCUACGUCAGCCACUUUCAGGCACUUCUUUUGGCAGGCAUCGACGCAACCAAGAAGGAAGGUGGUGAGCUUGGACGAGCUUCGAGCUUCCUGGCCAAAGCACUUGUUCGGACGCAACAGACGUGA